AUAAUCUUUGUACAGUCGGGGCAGUAUGCCAAGAUGGCCACUUAAAUUAUACGUGCCUAUGUCCGCUUGGACGUACUGGGUUCUACUGCGAAGAGACAAUUUUGAAGUGCAAUGAUCGUCCAUGCGUGGAGGAAAAUACCAUAAGCUGUACCUCCAUAUUUCCGGAGGACUAUUUUUGUCUGUGCAAACCAGGAUAUUCUGAAAAGAACUGUAGCUACGAUGGAACGCUGUGUUCGUAUCGACCAUGCCAGAAUGGCGGGACUUGUAUUGGAAACGAAGCGAACACAUUUUAUACUUGCACAUGCCUGCCGUUUUACGAAGGUGACAAUUGUCAAAUUUAUAAUCCAUGCUUCGAGCAUGAUUGUCAGAACAAUGCGACAUGUCUCCCGCUUGGAAUGGAUUACGAGUGUUUGUGUACGCCAGGACACUGGGGGCCUUAUUGUAAUGAUAUCGAUUAUUGUGCGUCAAACCCUUGUUUAAACGGUGCCAGUUGUGAUACAUUUCUUGAUGGCUAUCUCUGUUCAUGUACAAUUCACUAUAACGGCGAGAACUGUGAGUUCCCGAUUGACCAGUGCGAGAUAAACCUCUGCUUGAAUGGUGGGGCAUGUUUUCACAAUACCUCCAGACCUGAAAUUGACUUUAUAUGUGUGUGUCCUGACGGCCUUUAUGGAAACUUAUGUCAGUACGAUAUCAACGAGUGCCUUUCUGCUCCAUGCCGAAAUGGAGGCACAUGUAGGGAGAGCAGUAACAGUGGGGAACCUUUCGCUGCAGGAUACGUUUGUGAUUGCCGGGCGGGAUUCGAUGGAACAAACUGCGAAUAUGAUAUUAAUGAAUGUGCAAGUGAACCGUGUCUUAAUGGUGGCACAUGUGGAAAUUAUCAAAAUGCGUUUUACUGUUUCUGCAUCGAUGGUUUCAUGGGUGUUACCUGCGAGAGUGAUAUACGAACGUGUAACUUGAAUUUGUGUGAGAAUGGUGCCACAUGCGUGAAUGGAACACAAGGAGAAGGAUUUCAAUGCCUGUGUCCCGAAGGAUAUGGAGACGAGUUCUGUCAAACGGCCAUUAAUUCAUGUGCGGGCAAUCCAUGUUUGAAUGAUGGACAGUGCGUGUAUGAUCAUGACUGCGUCUGUCUCAUUUAUCCAGAUGUAAUUUUAAAUUGCGCUAAAAGGGCAUCAUGCGAAGUUCAGCACUGUCCAGCCACGUGCCUCCUUCGUUCUCAGAACGACCCAAGCUACCACUGUGACUGUCCAAUUACUUACGAGGGAAAUGAAU